AUGAGUGACACCGAGCGAAAUACUUCUGCAGCGAGUGCAACGAUACAAGCGGACGUGACCGGUGUUUCCAGGUCGCCACCUUCAGCACCGAUAGAAACCUGUCCAGGCCCGUUUCAACAAGGCGCCCCUACAGCUACGGUACUCCAACAGCAGCCCGGUGAUGUACCACCUAAUUUUUUCUUACAAAUGAUGAAUGUUAUGCAAAAUAUGAGUGAUAGGCUACUAAAUCAACAGCAAUCUGACAGGGUUAAAAUUACUGACGUUUUCCUACCUUCCUAUGAUCCCGAUGGAAACGUUGGGGUCCGUGAAUGGUGUAACCACAUUUCAACGGCUAAAAACACCUAUCAGCUAACUGAUUACGAUUUACGAAUGAAAGUGACAAGCUUAUUGAGGGGUCGUGCUAAAGUAUGGGCUGAUAACUGGCUUGUGACCACCAGUACCUGGGACGAGCUGCGGCAAAUAAUUAUUACUACUUUUGAACCUGAAUCUCGCUAUUCGAGAGACGUACUUAAAUUCAGAGAGCAUACCUAUGAUUCUUCUAAAGAUAUUGCCGAAUUCUUAACUCAAUCGUGGAUUUUAUGGAGACGCGUAACUAAGGAUAAGUUAGAUAACAGUGAUGCUGUUGAAGCUGUUCUUGGUACUAUCGGUGACGAACGUCUUAGAAUAGAGUUAAUGAACGCAAGAGCUACCUCAGUGCCAGAAUUAAUUUCGGUUGCUUCAUCUAUCCGUAGUAAACGUUCAAGUCAACUUAGGGUCGAUCAACCUCUCCAAAAACGUGCGCGAUAUACAAUUGACCAUAGGCAUACUGCGCAAUAUUGUAAUUUUUGUAAAAGAACUGGUCACACGUUGAAUAAUUGUCGUAAUAAGAAAUCUGCUAACUUAAAUUUAAUCAAUGACAAAAACGCAGCCAAUCCUCAAAGUGGUAGACCUCACAAUAUUAAACACUGCUCGUUUUGCGGUAAACCAGGUCACGUGUUUGAUACUUGCUUUCGGAGAGAAAAGGAGAUUUCUUCUAAUGUAAACUCACUCGCAAAUAAAGGAAAUACUUUAAAUGUAAUGCGUAUGAGUGUCUGUGGAAAACUUAUUAACACGGUAUUUGAUAGCGGUGCGGAAUGCUCGGUCAUGCGAGAAUCCGUUGCGAAUAAGUUACCCGGGCGUAGAUGUCAAAUAGUCACACACCUACGAGGCAUAGGUCCAUUUCCCAUUAUUUCCACGUCCACGCUGAAAGCAGUGUGCAUAAUCGACGACGUUAGUAUUCAAAACGUAGAGAUAUUGUUUUAUAUUCUACCUGACCACGACAUGACAACAGAUGUUUUAAUUGGAGCAGACAUACUACAUAGUUCUGGUCUUAGUGUAAUCGUAACUAGAGAAAGAGCAAGACUUUGUUAUAAUCCUUGUAUUCAAUACAUACAGUCAAAGAGCCCCUUAUUUGAGAAAAUUGACCACGACUUGACUGACGAACAUCAAAUUAACCAACUCCUUACUUUAUUGUACAAAUAUUCUGAACUUUUCACACGUGGGUAUUCAAAAACGCGCGUUAAAACCGGCGAAUUAGAAAUCCGUUUGAAAAAUAAAGAUAAAUAUGUUGAGCGAAGACCUUACAGACUCAGUCCAGUCGAACGCACAAAGGUCAAAGACAUUGUGGAGGAACUCAUCAAAGCCAAUAUAGUGCGUGAGAGCAGAUCACCUUAUUCCAGCCCAAUAAUUCUAGUAAGAAAGAAAAAUGGAGACGACCGUAUGUGUGUUGACUAUCGGGAGCUAAACGCUAAUACAAUACGCGACCAUUUCCCUCUUCCACUUAUUGCUGACCAGAUUGAUCAACUGGCAGGUGGGCAGUAUUACACCACACUUGAUAUGGCAUCUGGUUUCCACCAGAUACCUAUCUCGCCAGACUCAAUCGAAAAGACCGCAUUUGUAACACCAGACGGACUUUAUGAAUAUUUAACGAUGCCCUUCGGUCUUUGUAAUGCACCUUCCGUGUAUCAACGAUGUAUAAACCGAGCCCUAGGACAGCUCCUAAACCCUGGUAGUGCUAAUACCUUACAUAACGAUAGCGUGGCCCAGAGUAUCUUGGAAACGUAA